AUGUUCCUGAAUCCUAUCUUUUACUCAGAGUCAGUAGAGCGAACUCAUGGAAUUAUUGAACGUAUCAGUGGCUUUUCCAGUCUGGAACAUUUGGAUUUGUCUCAUAAUAGAUUUCUACAUGAUCUACCUGAAAGUUUAGGUGAACUCAACAAUCUGCAAACACUGGACCUCUCAGGCUGCAUUAGACUGAAGAGCAUAGCCAAAAGGAUAGGUGAAAUCAGGUCUCUCCAGUCAAUAAAUGUGAGGAACUGCCGCAGUUUGAAAAGUUGUGAGCUUGUGGUUAAACCUGAUAACGGAGAAGCAUAUAGGAACACAAGCAUUGUUGAGCUCGAGAAUGCAAACUUGGAAGAGCUUGAGAUAAGCUGUCUUGAAAACGUGAAGUCUGCAGAACAGGCAGAGCAAAUCAGAAUGGCACUGGAAGGAAAAAUUGAAAAGUUGAAACUUUGCUGGACUGUGGGCUCCCAAGUAUCCAUGGAGGGCAAUACCCUGUUAGGAGAAUUACUGCCGUCAUAUCUGCAGUGCCUUGAACUACAUGGUUAUAGUGGCGAGACCCGCCUUUCUGCAUGGUGGACAUCAACCUCAUACUGGUGGACAUCAACUGCAUCUUCCUGUGUCUCUACUCUUGUAGAGGUUACAGUUGAGGGUUUCCUGAGGUGCAGCCGCCCACCACCACUGUGUUUGUUACUAAACCUGCGACGAGCAGUUUUCAGAAGGAUGGCUAGCAUUACAAGAUUCGACGUCAAUGACCUCACUGAUGGAAACCGAGCAGCAAUCCAUCGACUCCCCAAGUUCACUCUAGAGUUGGAUGAUAUGGAAAGCCUGGAAGAGUUCAAAACAACAUAUGACAGAAGAGGUAAGGAGUGUGUGCUCCCGGCCAUUGGUGAACUGGUUAUUACGGGGUGCCCCAAGUUGUGCUUUGGACCUUUCACGCCUAGAGCUCGGAGGUUGGUGAUCUCAGACUGCAGCAAACUAAUGGUUUAUUCCUGGUGGAACAGAGGAGGCCAGAGUGUGGAAACCCCUAUUACCUCUGUUUUAGUAAAUGAACUGGUGGUCAAAAACUGCAACCUAGCUCUAUAUAACUGGACUUUGCUUCACAGCCUCCCUGGCCUCUAUAGUUUAACUGUCAAAGAUUGCCGUGAUCUGAAGACUUUACCACGGACUUUACCACAUACUAUUGAGGCCCUAUCCUCCCUCCAGUCACUAUGCUUGUCUAAUUGCUGGAUCGAGCCACUAGAACAACACUUGGGUGACCUCACCUCUCUCCGGGAACUAAAGAUCGCGUCCUGCAAUAUGUUCAAGGGAUUCACGCGGAGUUUGCAAAGGCUCACCUCCCUUGGGUCAAUGCAUCUUAUUGACUGCAACAGUAUCACAUCACUGCCGGACUGGUUAGGAGAUCUCACCAAUCUUGAGAAGCUUGCCAUCCACAGAUGCCCUGCCAUUGAAUCUUUGCCGGGCAGCAUAAAUAAACUAACCAACCUGAAAGAUCUGCAUAUUUUGGACUGCCCAAAACUGAAGGGCUGGUGUGAAAGGGAGGAGAACAAGAAAAUAAUGGCUCACAUCCAACCAAACUAUGAUGAAGAGCAUGGUACUAGCAGUAGCAGGCCAGGCAACAUGGACGAGGGCUAUGAGGAGGGUGAAUUGGAGGACUGGUUGGAUGGCGUGGAGGAGGAGGAGCCAGAGGCAGAGGCAGUAUCGACGGAUGCAGUGGAGAAUCCAGUGGCGACAGGCAACACGGAUGUUGUAGUAGAGGAGGAGAAAUCGGAGGCAGCAUUGACGGAUGCGUCGAAGAAUUCAGUGGUGACAGACAAGGCGGAUGUCGUAGCGGAGGAGGAAGCGGAGGCAGUAUUGCCGGAUGCAGUGGACAAUUCAGUGGUGACAGGCAACAGGGAUGCUGUAGAGGAGGAGGCGACGAGGGAUGUGGACGCAGCAGCGGCAGCUGAUUCACGCAGAUACACAUUUUUUCUUUGA